AUGGCAUUUUUAGAAAUCGUUGAGCAAAAUGAAUCCAAUAUUAAUGAUGAUGAGAAUAAUGAAAACAAUGAAAAUGAUGAUGUAGGAGAAAUUUUUAAAAAAGUAAAAGUUGAUGAUGGGCAUGUGGACGAAUCAAAUGAAGUUAAAUCAAAUGGAGAUAUUUCGCCAUUUGGCAAAAAAUUUCCAUUAAAGAUUGUAGAUUUAGAAGAUAUGAGUAGUUUAAUCAUACCUGAAGUAGAAUUAGAAUUGAUGGCUGUUACACUGGGAUGUCAAUUUACAACUAUUGAAGGAUUAUUAAAACAAAUUCAUGAUGAUUUAGAAGAAAAGUUUCCUUUAUGUUGA